AUGAUCAAGCUAGCUUCUUGUGCGGGAGAUUUACUGCAAAGACUGGACGAUUGUAAACCAGACGAUCUCGCGUGCGAGUGCUGUGCUUUGCAGAGCUUACAAGCGGAGUGUUUUGAGCUGUGUGCAGGUUCUCCCAGCACCGGGUUCAUGACUGUCAUGUUUGAUGAUUGUGAGACCCUUGGAGAUGUUAACGCAUGUUCCUUGCCUUUCAAGAAGACGGACAACGAGCAGGCUAAGAUCUCCAAAGAGAAGUUCGGAAAGAGACCAAAGGACUCAGACAAAAUGAAGGUCAUCUACAAAAUCAAGUCUGUUCCAGGUUUGAGCGACUCGAUUGUGAAAUCACAUCUAGAGGUUGAUGUUGCAGUUGCCGAGAACAAGAGCACUGUCGCUGAGCACAAGAAAAUCGAAUCGGCCAAGACUAAGGAGAAUGUGACCAAGGUUGACACAAGCGGUACGUAUACCAUUCACUUACCAUCAGAACAAAUUACUAACAACUUUUAUCUUCCAAUAGAGUCAUUGGCAAGUACAAAAUCCCACUGGAAGAUGCUUUCCCUGUUGGCGCUGCCAUUGUUCUUCUACCUGACAUUCUAA